AUGGAAGAGAUAAAACCUACUGUAAAUGUUGUUCCACCUGAUAAAUUGGAUGUUGAACAGUCAAAGAUUGUUACAAGAACCACAAAUCCACCGUCUGCUGGAAUCACUACAUUUUCUUUGACAAAUGAAACACAUCAAGAAUUAUCACCACCAAUUCUUAUGGUGACAAGUCCAACUGAAAAUAAAAGCUACAAUAUGGAUCUAUCAUGUCCAACGAUCACAUAUAAUCCUCAUAAUAAUAAUAAAAAAAAUAAUAAAAAUUUGAGGGCAAGUUGUAGUAGUAGUCGGGGUGGUAGUAAAAUGUAUCAAUUAACUGUAAAUACUGAAGAUUCAAGAGGCUUGUGCUCUUUAUCAAAUAAAUUGAGACGUUAUAGUGAUCAAGGUGGAAGUAGACCGCUGACUAAUGAUCCGGAUUAUUCUGCUCAAUAUAAACGUCAAAGUUUAUUCAAUAUUAACUCUGAGUCGAAUGUUCGUGAUUAUUAUAAUAAGAGUAGCCUUUAUCCUCCGACAAGAACAAAAAAUACUUCAUCUUCGAAUGUUGAUCUGUUAGCUGAAGCUAUAUUACAAAUGAGUAGUACAUUGAAAA